AUGUCUGCUCGAGAAAAAUUGUUGACUCUCAAGAAUAAACUGGGGCCAAAAAAUGUCCUGACGAGUUGUGAAGUGGCAUACAAAAUUUGGCAUGUCUCAUUGUUGCACAUUCGCCUUGCAGAUGUUGCCUGCAUGAGUACAGAGGCACAGACUGAAUUUCAAGUUGUAUUUUAUUCAUCAUUGCCAUCGGAGCAAAUGCUUUUCACGAGUCUGUCUAUUGAAAGGCAGCUGUUCUUUGUGAAGCCUACCUCCCUGCUUGCUGGCGUGGCCUGCGACAUUGUUGCUUAUUAUAUUGCUACAUGA